CAAUUUUACACAUGAAGGGAAAUCCCCUUGCCACAAGCUGAGAUAGGGUAUUCCCCUUCACUUUGCUAUCGCUGUCUGACGUCAUCAAUAAUCGUACAUCAACACAAAGCUAGCUUUACGACCAUGCCUACCAGGAAGCUAGCUCUGAAAGGCGCAGGUCUCAAAGUAGACAUAGAGCCAACACCACAGCCUCAACAAGUGGACAUAGUUCCUGCUGGUGUGGGGGACAAGGCAAUCCUGACUAUAGGAUCAGAGACAUUUGAGUGUGCGGCUGAGGACCUUGUUGACCUUUGUGAACUCGGACGUGGUGCUUAUGGAGUGGUCAAUAAAACACAGCACAGACUCACAGGCACCAUCAUGGCAGUCAAGAGGAUACGCGCGACAGUGGACACUGAGGAGAGGAAGAGAUUGUUGAUGGAUCUCAAUGUGUCCAUGAUGGCCAAGAGUUGUCCCUACACUGUCACCUUCUAUGGAGCUCUCUUCAGAGAGGGAGAUGUGCUCAUAUGUAUGGAGCUCAUGGACAAGUCUCUACGUCAGCUGUAUGAUCUGGUGUAUGGCACACUCCACUCUUCCAUACCUGAGCCUGUCAUUGGGAUUAUAGCAUUGUCUGUCAUGAAGGCGCUGCAUUUCCUUAAGUUCCAACUCCAAGUCAUGCACAGAGAUGUGAAACCCUCCAACAUUCUUAUCAACCGAGGUGGUGAAAUCAAACUCUGUGAUUUUGGUAUAGCUGGUGAUCUUGUCAACUCGUUCUGUGUCACUCAGAUUGGCUGCAAACCAUACCUAGCCCCUGAGAGGAUCAAUCCACCACAAGACAGCAAGGACACACCUGCCAAAUAUGAUGAAAGAUCCGAUGUGUGGAGCUUUGGCAUCACAAUGUAUGAGCUAGCACUGGGAAAGUUCCCCUAUCCACAAAGUAUCUGGAAGAAUCCAUUUGAUCAGCUCAAGUGUGUGGUACAUGGUGAUCCCCCUCAAGUCCCCUCUGAUGCCCCCUUCUCUGAUGAGCUCAAGGAUUUCGUCCGACAAUGUUUAAGCAAGAAAGUCAGCGAUCGUCCCAAGUACUCCAAAUUAGUGGAACACCCACUCAUUCUGAAAGCUGAGAACAUUGACUUUGAUAUAGGACAGUGGUACAGAGAUUUGUGUGACAGUGUACAAACUCAAGAAUAGCUAGAGAAUCAUUUUUAUUUGUGCCACUUCUUAUUAUUAGAAUAACAAUUUAGUAUGUAGUGAAAAA